AUGUCCCAGCAUCCCUCCCGUGCCUCGCCGUUUCAUCAUGUGAUCGGCAAGGCGGCAGUAAAGGGACGGAGCUACCAUGGCCUGUCAAUCACACGCAGUGUCCAGGACAACCACUUCUGUGCUGUCAAUCCACGCUUCAUCGCAGUGGUCACUGAGUGUACAGGGGGCGGAGCCUUCAUCAUCAUUUCUGUCCGUCAUACAGGCCGUGUGAGUCCUCUGCAUGCACGUGUGUGUGGUCACAGCGCUCGUGUGCUGGACGUCAAGUGGGAUCCAUUCAAUGACCUGCGCAUUGCAUCCUGUUCAGAGGACUGUACGGUGAAGGUGUGGAACAUCCCGCCUAGCGGACUGAAGGCUGAUCUGAUGUUUCCCAGUAAGGAUCUGCUGGCUCAUAGUCGCAGAGUUUCCCUCAUCGAGUGGCAUCCGACCGCCAGAGACCUGCUGCUCAGCUCUGCAUACGACUGCAAGGUGUUAAUGUGGCGUUUGGACUCAUCAGAUGUGCCGGUGAUUGUGAUUAACACACACUGUGAGCUAGUGUUCUGUUUGAGUUUUAAUGCGGAUGGGAGUUUGUUGGCCACGGCUUGCAAAGACAAGAAGAUCAGAAUCAUCGAGCCACGGACUGGACGAGUCCUGCAGGAGUCUCGCUGGGCUUCUCAUAAAGUCUCCAGGAUCUUAUUCCUGUGGGAUCUGAAGAUGCUUCUGUCCACUGGAAACUCUUGCUGGAACCAGAGGCAGUUUGUGCUGUGGGAUCUGGAGGAUCUGUCAGAGCCGCUGCUGGAGGAGGAUUUGGAUGGAGGUUCGGGGGUCAUUUUCCCAUUUUAUGAUGCAGACACACACAUGCUGUAUCUGGCUGGGAAGGGUGACGGUAAUAUCCGAUAUUACGCUGUCAGUGCGGUGAAGCCCUACGUUCACUUCCUGUCCGAAUAUCAGUCUUCGUCCCCUCAGAGAGGCUUGGGUGUAAUGCCCAAACGGGGCCUGAACAUCAGGGUGUGUGAAGUCUUCAGAUUCUACAGGCUGCUGACCGUCAAAGACCUGCUGGAGCCGCUGAGCUUCUGUGUGCCGCGCAAGCAAUCUGAGGGCUUUCCUGAGGAUAUCUAUCCCAUGACAGCAGCCAAUGAACCAGCCAUGACCGCAAGUGAGUGGCUGACGGGGCAGAAUAAAGGGCCGCUGCUGAUGUCUCUGAGACCCAAAUCUGAAUGGUUUGACGCCUGCCUGACGGAAACAGAGCAAGCAGCCAAUCAGAACACAGAACAGCCUCCUCCUGAUCUCCUCGCUGACCUGCGGGACUGGACGGAGGACGACACCCAGAGCCAAAACUGGACGUCCUUCAGUAUGAGCGGGACAGAAGCCUGUGCACCGGAGACACCGGAGGGGUCUCGGCACCAGCGGGAACAGAUUGAAGAUCUGCAGGAGAAGCUCAGACAGAGAGAUGAUAGAAUACAUGAACUGGAGCUGGAGCUGAAGAACAUGCGCAAACACAUGAGAGCAACCUUCUGACGGCAGCCAAUCACAGCACAGAGGGCUGACCGGAGCUGCCAAUCAGAGAAGAGGAUUUUAACAAUGUUACAAUAAUGCUGAGAAAGACACAGAGAGAGAGAGAGAGAGAGAGAGAGAGAGAGAGAGCAUGUGUGUUUGUUUGUGUACAGUUCAUGCUGAUUUAUACUGUUCUACUAGACUCUUAAAGAGACAGUUCACGCAAAAUUAAAACAUCU